AUGAAGCAAUCAAGCACUUUAGUUUUUGAGAUAAAAGCGUUGAAUCCAUCUUUGACCAUUUUCAUUCCUCAUGCGAUGUUAAUGUCGUCGAAUUUUGCCAUAAAAGUGUUGCAUAAAAGAAUUGUCGUAAAUAAUGAAAUACCACAAGCUACUUCAAGAUUUAUCUUCUGUUUGCCAGGCGUUAGUGAACAAGGUCAGCUUAGUUUAAUGAGAAAAGCAAAUAAAGCUAAUAAAAAAGUUAAAUUAUUUACAAUUUAUGCUAAAGAGUUUAACUCAGAUGUUGCAGUGACAACUUCGAAUUGUUAG